CACACGAUGACGGCAUUCAUUGAACCAGUCGGAAACUUCUCCGUGGCCGUAUUACCAGACUGCGAUAAUUUGACCGACUUUGUCGGUCAUUCUCGCGGCCUUGAUCUUGCCCUUGACUCCAGAACAUGGCACAAUGUCAGCGAACUCGAUUAUGUGUUUCACUCUGGUUCGAUAAACAACGUAACAUGCCUGGAGCACGCACCACAGCUAACGACUGGCACUGUGUUCAAGUUCAUCGUUCUAACCAUCAUGGCGAUCCUCAGUUUCUUAUCAAACGUAGCGACGAUCUACUCGAUCACAAGAAAUCGUCGCAGGCAGCACAGCUGGUCCGCAGUUUACACGCUGAUUUUACACCUGGCGGUAGCUGAUCUAUUGGUUACUGUGUUCUGCAUAGGCGGGGAAGCACUGUGGAGCUAUACCGUCGCGUGGAUAUGGGGAAACAUUGCGUGCAAACUGUUCAAAUUCCUACAGGUAUUCAGCCUGUAUCUGAGUACAUUCGUACUCGUGUUGAUCGGUGUAGACCGUUUCAUUGCUGUGAGAUAUCCUAUGAAGGGACUGAACACGGCACACAGAUGCUUGAGGCUGGUAAUCUUAGCGUGGAUACUGUCUUUCACCCUGGCAGCCCCUCAGAUUUUUAUAUUCCAUGUAGCUCGGGGUCCAUUCGUUGAAGAAUUCUCACAGUGUGUAACUCAUGGGUUCUACACUAAACACUGGCAAGAACAACUUUAUGUGUGCUUCAGUUUAUUUUUUAUGUUCCUUCUUCCUCUAAUUAUUCUUAUAACAACAUAUGUGUCGACAGUGAUUACAAUCUCUCGAAGCGAAAAAAUUUUUAAGCUGGCGUUAACUAACAAUAAUGUGUGUCACAUGAACAGAGACAUAAACAGAAGAAAACUGAUACAUCGAGCUAAGACCAAAUCAUUGAGAAUCAGCGUUGUCAUUGUCGCAGCUUUCAUCAUAUGGUGGACGCCUUAUUACGCCAUGAUGAUAAUUUUCAUGUUUCUUAAUCCUAACAAACAUCUUAGUGAGGAAUUACAAAGCGCAAUCUUCUUUUUCGGUAUGAGCAACAGUCUAGUAAAUCCUUUAAUAUAUGGUGCAUUUCAUCUCUGGCCCCGAAGAAAACGCCAGAAUUCAUACCACAGGGAAUUAUCGACGACACAGCGUAGGCUUACGCCAACAAUGAACACUGAAAGCAGCUACAAACGAGAAUCACGAGACUCACGAGUACCAUUUUUAUCAAAAAAUACUUCAACUACUACUAUGUGAAAAAGAUAAAACACCAAGCUUAAAUUUUCGUUUAAGGAAGAACUCCUAGAUCGGGAAGAAGUAUUUUUCAUCAAACAUUCACACACACCGAGCGAAGCGAUAAAACUAUUCAUAUUGUCACACUAUCUCACAAUCAGAGUCGCAUCCUUGU